CCGGGCAUUCUCGGGGACUCAAGGACUCGAUCGGGUGUUUACCGGAAAGAUACGAUCAUAAGGAUAUGGAUUCCAAAAGGAAUCUUGGAAAAAAGUUUAAUUGGGGAUUUGCAAGGGUUUAUUCGGGUCGGGAUUGGCAGGAUUCGAGAUUCACCAAGCUCUUCGAAAGGGAUGCGGAAUCCAGAGGAUCUUGUACAAGAUAUUCGAGCUUCUUGGGAAUGGCGGUGAUAUGAAGAAUGGGGAAGGAAACCGAAAACGACUGAAGAUCUCCGAUAACUCUGACCUGAUUAAGAGUUAUUCCAAGACCUUGAGAGGGAGGUGCAUGAACCCGAUGGAGCAAGACGUCAAAGCGCUUUUGGUUACUGGUGUAGUUUUACUUGAGUUUUGCGAUCACUUCAGGUUAUAUAAUGGGAACAUUGGUGUAGGAGUUUGCUCGGGUACCUGGUUAGAGAUUUGGAUCGAUUGGCUUGGUCAGUGUAUUAUGAGGCUUGCUCCUAAACUGGUCUCUUCCAACCAGUUACAGAAAGCAGAACUGGAGAUGAACAGGGCGUUAGGUUUCGGUUAUUUGGGUAAGCAAGUGGUUGAGAGGGUGUGGUUCAAGGUAGCUGUGGUGAGGAGUGUUACGAAAGUUCUGUUCAUGGUUUGUUCUACAAAAGAGAUGGCAGUUGGCUUGGGAAGUUCAGGGAGGCUAUGGUACAAGUUUCUUGCAAGUUGGAGUGGGCUUACCUAUAGUACGAUUUACUUUGGUCACGGGAGUCCUAAGGGUUCCAGAUAUGGGUCAAAUGUUUUAAUAAUGGUGGUGAGACUUGAGAAAUGUACUUUUACUGACGUUGUGAAUUUUCAUAAUCCAAUAAAAAAUAUUGAGGAUAAGUCAUGUAAAAUUGCAUCGUGGUUGGUUUCAAUAGAGUGUACUCGGGAAAUUAAGGUGUGCUAUUUUAUUAGGGAGUUAACUAUGUUAUCUAUGGUUUGUGACGUUAGCUUCGAUCAAUAUAGAUUUAUAAUUAUCAUUAUAAGGCCUCGUUACGUGAGAUGGCAGUGCUGUAGUCGAUGUGUUUUAUUGGUGCGAGUUAUAAACUAUUUGAGUAUUGCGGAUUUAUUUAAUUAUGUGGGUAGAAGGGAAGUCGCUUUUGCAUUUUUAUUUCGCUGUGUUCUCAUGCUUUGGAAUAAUAAUGUUUCUUGGUUUUCAUGGUGUUUUGGUUCUUAUGGAGUCAGUGGUUUAGUCGUUGGUGAUGGUUCUUAUAUUUGGAAAUUAUACUUUGAACAUGCUGGUGAUUCAUAUAGAGGGAAUGCUUUUAAUUGUAAUAUGGAAUCAAUGGUAUGUGGACAAUGGAAGAGGGAGAUAUCUGUAACCAUAAACGGAGUUUUGUUUCAGCUUGUAUAUGUUCGUAGACACUUUGUCCUUACAUGGCAGGAGUCGAGGAGAGUGGACAAUCUGUGGGUAAAAUUCCACAGGUUACAAAGAAGGAUUGUAGGAAGAGGAUCUGUGGGCCAAUACGUGGAUGUGGCUCUGAUAUGGUGGUGGUGGGGUAUUGAUGUUAGAAUAUUAUUGGGUCUCAUUAAACCUGUAUUCUAUGGCUCGAUAGACCAUUUCAAAUUUUUUAUAUAUGAAGAUACUAAGUUGGAAUGUUAGAGGACUAGGAAGUCAUUGGACAAUAAGUUAUCUUCGGGAGAUUUGGCAUAAACAUAAACCAGAAUUUUUAUUUUUAUCUGAAACGAAACAGGAUUUUGAAUUCGUUC